CGCGGAGCCGCCAUGGAGGCGUCGUCGCUACCUGCCGCGCUGGAGCUGGUGGUUGGUGGUGGUGCGGGGCUGAGCCCGGAGAAGCGGGCGGUGCUGGGGUCCUCGCUGCUGCUCCUCCAGCGCGACUACCGCUUCGAGCGGGUCUGGUUCUGGGGCUGCAUCCAGGGCGUGCGGGGCACCUACUACAUUGCCGAGGGGCUGGGCCCCGACCGCGCAGCGCCCCGCAGCCGCCUCUACAGCUUGAACUGCGUGGAUUGGAGCCUUCUACCACCAGUGACUGCAGAGAUGGUUGCACAGACUGAGCAGCUGAAGGGCCGUUUCCAGGGUGAUCCUUCUUUUGACUAUAAGUACACUGAGAUAAAAGAAGAAGAUGCUGAAAGGUUGGUUGAAGACAGUGAGGAGCCCACAAUCAAGGAGGAGGCUCGCCUUGUAGCUACAGUAGAACAGAUAGACAAAGCAGUUGGUAUCAUCCCUCGAGGAGCGUUUUUGAAGACUCCUCGUGGGUCUGUGCAUGAAAACAGAAACUUUGAAGGUCUUUCUUUGGCAGAGGCAAAAAAGUUAAGUUCCUAUUUCCAUUUUACUGUGCCUGUUAACCUGAAGAAUAAGACACUGCUGGAAAAGGCUGACCUGGACCCAUCCACUGACUUUCUUGACUCCCUGGAGCAUGAUAUCCCACAAGGCUCCUGGACAGUCCAGCUAGAGAAGGGAGGCACUGUAGUGGUGCUGAGGAGCUUGCUGUGGCUGGGGCUGACCUUCUACCACAUCCCAAUGACCAAGCAAUAUGGCUACAUCUACUUUGGUACUGGUGAGAAGAACUUUGAUCUGCCCUUCAUGCUGUGACUCUUCUGUCUGGAACAACAACUCAAGACAUUUAGAUUUUACAUUUAGAUUUUGUUUACUGCUUGUUCUAAUAAACAUGUGAAAGCUCUGCCUUUUGAAUAGGGUUUUUUGUGUAUGUGUGUGUGGACUCUGGCCCUGAUUAUUAUUCUAGGUCUUCACUGUGUGCAAUCCUACUUCAAUCCCAGACUGAAUUCCCUGUGUCACUGCAAAUCCUGUAGAUACUAACAAAUGGCAUUUUCUUCCAUUAAAGCCCUAGGUCAGAAAUUAAAGCUAGGCCAUCUGUUUGAUUACAAAGACACCAUGCUCACACGACAACUAAUUUA